AUGUCCAGCCUGGCCGCGCAGGACUCGUACUUGCAGGACCUGGCGCGGAGGGUCCGCGCGCAGCCGGCGCCGGAGUCACGGAAGAGGAAACUCGUGCCUCAGCCAGGGCAGUCUGAGGAUGCUGGCAGGCAGCUCAAGAAAAAGAAGAGAAAGAAACCCAGGAAGCAAGCUGAGAAGGUGAACAUUCCUUCAGGCAAACAGGCAGUCUCUAAUGCGAGCAAACCUGCUCCAGGACAGAGGGCAGCCCCUCAGGCCAGCCAAGCAUCUCCAGACAGUGCUGCACAGAGCAGAAAUGAGAGCUUGGUCACAGGGAGCAAAAGUGAACUGGGUUCCCCUUCCUUUUCUGCAAUGAAUCUCUUGCGUCAGAGACUGCAUGAGAAGAUUAAAAAAGCAUCUGGACAAGAUGAUGCCAGAGAAUUGCCCCCUGCAGUCCUGGAGAAGAGGCAGCGAAGGAAAUAUGAUAGAGAGAGAAAGAAGCGCCGAAGAAAGGAGUUGAAGAUGAAGGCAAAAAUGGAGAAGAAGGAAACUGAGGAGGUACCGGUAGAGCCAGAAAGCAAAAAGGAGGAGAGCAAAGCUGAAAUCGUCUUCAACAGGGUUGAAGUCCAUGAAGAGAAUGAGCUGAGCAAGAUCCAGAAAAAGAAAGAGAAGAGGAAAGCAGUGAAAGGCAAAAUCACUCCUCUGACAGGCAAAAACUACAAGCAGCUGCUGAGCAGGCUGGAGACCAGGAGGAAUAAGCUGGAGAAACUCAAGGAUAAGGACGAGAAGAAAGCUCAGGAGCUAGAGAACAAGAUGAAAUGGACAAAUGUGCUCUACAAGGCGGAAGGUGUCAAGAUUCGUGACAACGAGGAGCGCCUGAAAGAAGCCCUGAAGCGUAAGGAGAAGCGCAAAGCGCAGCGCCAGAGGCAGUGGGAGAAGCGGACAGAAAAAGUGGUGGAAAAGAUGCAGCAGCGGCAGGAAAAGCGUUGCAAGAACAUUCAGAAGAAGAAGAAAGACAGGAUAGAGAAGAAGAAAGCCAGGGCCCGGAAGAAAGGCCGAGUUCUGCCGGAGGACUUGAAAAAAGCUGGCUUGAAUUGAGCGUGGGGCUCUGCCAUGGAGGGGGUGAGGGGGUAUUGUGUCUGUCUG